CCUCAGUGUAACAGCAGUUGUUUAACUUUUGUAUCCACUUUUACAACUUUCUCAGCAGUUUUUUCACCACCUAAAAUUUAGUGUACACAAAUACAGAAAAAAUACAUUAAAUUAAUUAUUGUUAUUUUUGUUAUUUAGCUUCAUUUUCUGUGGUGCUCUUUUAAUUAAUUUGUAUUGUUUUUAUACAAGAGUACUAUUUGUGAAUCUUUUGGGAUCAUAAUUGCAGAAGCAUUAAUUCAAAGACUGGUGAAAGAGGAAAAAGAAAUGAAAAGAAAAGCUGGGUAAAUUUAGAAGCUUUUGUGCAUUUUGUUGGCUUCUAGCUAGUUCUAGUACUAAUCAAUUAAAACUGGUCUUGAAUCAUUAUUGGGUCACCCUUCUUUUGAUUUGUAGAGAACUUAAUUAUUCUUGAUAUUUUUUUUUAAUAAAUUGUUGAGGGCUUCCAAGAAUCAAUGCCUUUUAUAUGUUUUGAUAGUACCCAAAAGAUUGCAUCUUUUGUUGUGCUUGAUGGAACUUGGUAGAUGCCCAUCUCUUCUAAGUUGCAAUCCAUGGCAUUUUUGAACCAUUUCAGGGGUUUUUGCUGAAGUGGAAAUUUAGAAUAAUCAUAAUACAGCAAGUUGUAAUGGCAGAUACAUACAGAAAAUCAUCCACAUCCAUUUUCAGUUCUCCUAGGUUCUUUACUGGAAUUACCUCAAAGGGUUACACUGACACAGAUUCUGUAAUGAGUCCAACUUCAGUUCUUGAUAGUAAACCAUUUUCUGCUAUAAAAACUCCUUUUUGGUCUAAUGGUAACAGCCCAAGAAUCUCAAAACCUGAAAGUAGAGUUAAGUGGGAUGGAUUGGAUUCUAAAAAGGUUGGCCUUGGCCUAGUUGAUGCUCUCAUUGAUGAAACAUCAGAGACAGAUCUAUCGAAAAGCGAAAGCCGAAUGGUAUUGUUUGGAUCACAGUUGAAGAUUCAGAUUCCUCACCUGCCCACCUCUGUUCCUUCCCCUAAUUCUGAUUAUGCAGGGUCUCCUAGGGAUUUUGGCAUCAAAACUAGGAAUUCUCAGUUGGGAUCCUUUUCGCCUUUGUCAUCUCCAUAUUCAUCAAAGAAAUCUCCUUUUGGUUCUUUAAAUUCUGGAAAUGAGAAUUCUAAUCUGCCACGGAUUCUGUCUGGCAGUCUUUCUGCUGGGGAGAUGGAGCUUUCAGAGGAGUAUACUUGUGUGAUUACUCAUGGCCCCAACCCCAAAACUACCCACAUAUUUGAUGAUUGCAUAAUUGAGGACUGUUGCGGAAUUGUUGGAUUCUCAGCAUCCUCCAAGAAAGAAAACGGCUUUGGCACUGAGAAGUCACUGCGAUAUCCCUCUGAGAGUUUUUUAAGUUUUUGUUACAAUUGCAACAAGAAUCUUGGGCAAGGGAAAGACAUUUACAUGUACAGGGGUGAGAAAGCCUUCUGCAGCAGCGAAUGUCGCUACCAGGAAAUACUGUCGGAUGAAGGUACUGAAGAGUCUGAUGAUAUUUACGGAACAUGAUCCCAGAGUUUUUCUCAAUAAGCUUCACGGGGGAUACUAUAAAUAUUAUCAAUUUUCUAUAUUUGAAUCUUUGAGAUUUCAGAUAUGGAUCAACUUAUUAGAGUUUUUUUUUUUUGACAAACUCAUUUGCAAGCAAGUAAUAAUUGUAUGUUUGGAUUAAUUUGGUUUAAUCUACAUUGCAAUGUACUAAAUUUUGCUUUUAAGGUAGUAAAUUUGUUAUCAGUUAUUGUUGA